AAGAAAUCGUCUAUGUAUAUUGUAUAGGUGGGCAUAACCGGCGUAGCCACUGUCCGUGUCGUACGUGGCGAAUCGAGUUCAUUCAUAAAAAUAUUUUUUGUUUUCAAUCAAAGGGAUUCAUGCAAAAAGUAGAAAUAAAUAAAUAAAGAGAGAGUGUUUGUGCGGCGCAAAUUUGCGCGCCAUAUCGGAGUGGCAGUGACCUAUCUUUAUCACUUUUUAAUUCCUAAUUUUCAUUUCGUGACGUGUUUUGUGUAUUUGUGACUUUAUAAAAUUGUUUCUAUUUUUUUUUUUGGAUCAACGGAUACAGCUUUGAAACUAUAAUGGCUACUCCCACGGAAUUACCUUCAGAGAGAGUGAAACAAAUGUUCAGUUGGACUACGGGAGAGACCUCGCCUCCGUCGCCGAUGGGCGACGAGAAGGAGUCCAAAAUGAGCCAGAUACAAUUCUCUGUACCUUUCGAGAAACAAGAAUCCACGAUGUGGCAGAAGCGUCAGCAAGCCGUGUGUGUUCGACACGCGUUCAAACACUACGGAUCUAAAAAAAGGCCCAACCAUGUACUCAGCAACCUAAACAUGACAGUCGCUAAAGGCACAAUAUAUGGACUAUUGGGGGCGUCUGGCUGCGGAAAAACCACCCUUCUAUCAUGUAUAGUUGGUCGGCGGAAACUUAACAGCGGAGAAAUAUGGGUUCUUGGGGGCAAACCUGGUACUAAAGGCUCAGGUGUACCUGGCAAGCGGGUUGGAUACAUGCCUCAAGAAAUUGCGCUGUAUGGAGAGUUUACAAUUAAAGAGACCAUGAUGUACUUCGGAUGGAUCUUCGGAAUGGAGACACGAGAGAUUGCUGAAAGGCUACGCUUCUUGUUGGACUUUUUAGAUCUGCCUAGCGAAAAUCGAAUGGUGAAGAAUCUUAGCGGUGGUCAACAGCGCCGUGUGUCGUUCGCCGUGGCCCUUAUGCACGACCCAGAGCUCCUGAUCCUGGACGAGCCUACAGUGGGCGUAGACCCGUUACUCCGACAGUCAAUCUGGACCCACCUCGUUCGCAUCACCAGCUCAGGAGACAAGACUGUCAUAAUCACCACACAUUACAUUGAAGAAGCGAGGCAAGCGCAUUGUAUCGGUCUGAUGAGAAGCGGGCGGCUACUAGCUGAAGAGUCUCCACAAGCGCUUCUCACCAUGUACAAUUGCAUCUCGUUAGAAGACGUAUUCCUAAAGCUCUCCAGGAAACAGGGUCAGUCCAAUCAAGUGGUAGAACUGAACGUGUCUGGUGGAGCCCUCGGUCUGAACAAGCUGUCCAAGAGGGAAGAAGCGCCUUACGCAGCAGAGGAUGCUCAAGUCAAGGGUUUGAAUUUCCAUCAGAGCAAGGAAGUGCUUAUAAUAGAAAAUGGAGCUAGCUCUAACGGAGACCUUCCAGGAAAGAUGACCGAAGUUAUGACGACCGAGUGCGAAGAGUGUACCGACUGCUUCAAUUUGAGUAAUAUAACGUCUCGAGGUAAAAUAAAAGCCUUAAUUCAGAAGAACUUCUUGCGAAUGUGGAGAAAUAUCGGCGUGAUGUUGUUCAUCUUUGUGCUGCCUGUCAUGCAAGUGAUCCUCUUCUGUUUGGCGAUUGGACGGGACCCCAGCGGGCUUAAACUGGCUAUAGUAAACGACGACGUAAAAGUGAUCAAUGGCGACUGUCCAUUCAAUUCGUCCUGUUCAAUGAAGAACCUCUCGUGUCGGUACCUGCAUCAGCUCGAAGAACAUACUAUAAAGGAGUAUUACGCGGACCUAACGUCAGCUCUGAACGCUGUCAAGGAGGGCGAGGCCUGGGGCGCGCUGUACUUCAACGAAAACUACACGGACUCACUGGUUGCGAGAUUGGCUUUAGCGGACACAGCAGAUAACGAGACCAUACAGACCUCCGAAGUGCAGGUCUGGCUGGAUAUGUCCAACCAGCAAAUAGGCCUCAUGCUUAACAGGGACAUUCAAUUCUCAUACAGGGACUUUGCUAAGGACUUGCUCGAAACGUGUGACUACAAUCCGAAGCUGGGUGAUAUCCCGAUAGAUUUUAUGGACCCUAUCUACGGCAACAAGAACCCCUCGUUUACAGAUUUCGUCGCACCCGGUGUUAUUCUUACUAUCGUAUUCUUCCUCGCCGUCGCGCUCACAUCAUCGGCACUGAUCGUUGAACGUAUGGAAGGUCUAUUGGACCGGUCAUGGGUGGCCGGCGUGUCUCCCGGAGAGAUCCUGUUCUCCCAUGUGGUCACGCAGUUCGUGGUCAUGUGUGGUCAGACCGCUUUGGUGCUCAUCUUCAUGAUAUCUGUCUUCGGUGUCAAGAACAACGGGAAUAUCGUGUUUGUCAUCAUGCUCACGUUGUUGCAAGGUCUCUGCGGCAUGUGUUUCGGUUUCGUCAUAUCAGCGGCCUGUGAGUUGGAACGUAACGCUAUCCAGCUGGCCCUCGGGUCCUUCUAUCCCACCUUACUGCUCAGCGGAGUCAUCUGGCCCAUCGAGGGUAUGCCCUGGAUCCUACGAUACGUAUCACUCUGCCUUCCCCUUACGUUGGCAACGACUUCUUUAAGGUCCAUCCUAACGAGAGGGUGGCCUCUCACGGAUCCAGAUGUGUAUAUGGGUUUUGUAUCAACGUUAAUAUGGAUAGCCCUAUUUUUAGUUGUAACUUUAACUAUUCUGAAGUUUAAGAGGAAUUGAAUGCCAUUUUCUUAGGUGAUGGGGAGGGGAGGGGGAGAGUUGCGCUGUGUACCCACAUACUUCUUUUCUAUUUAAUUAUGCAAUCCAAUAAUAAAAAGUUAUAAAAAUAUCGAAGUUCUAUACAAUACUUACGAAUUAUCUAAUGAUAGGUUUCUUAAAAGAAAUUUCUUUUACAAAUAAACUAGCCUUUGCACACUAUUCUAUAUAAGUUUUUUACAAUAAAGAAUGAACAGUCGUAUACUUCAUACGAAUCGCUGGUACGAUUCAAAUAUAGAUUUCUCAAUUUUGCUAAUAGAGGACACAAUAAUUAUUUUGAUAAUUUAAAUUUAAAAAUUUGACAGAAUAAUUCAAUAUAUACAUUUCAUUGAAGUAUAUUGUAUGACAUUUUAAGAAUGGUAAUUAUUAUAAUAUAUAUAAAAAUAUAGUAAUAUUAAAACAUAGUUUUUAAAAUUAAAAUUUUGAUUGUUACAAGCACUAUGAGAUCGUACACAGCGUUCACAUCUCGACAUUUUCUUUUCAAAAUAAGUCUGUUAAAAUUAACGCAUAUCAUAUGUAUAUCGUUGCUCAAACCAUAAAAACAAAUAGUUUAAUUAUUUUUUUUAGCUAAAUGACUGUUAGUCGAUGUAAAUAGUAGCCUUGUAUUUAUGCUAAGUAUAUCGAGUACACAUGUACUUAAUAGAUGGAGAAAGGGAAUGUUAGCAAUAAUGAUAGGUCGCGCGCUUUAUGGGUUCAUAUAAAUAAGCUAUUGUAAGGGAGAGGAGUAAUUCAUAAUGGCAUAUCGGAUACCUGAAUAACUGAGUUACCAUAGAAUAGAAUGGUGCCAUACCAAAUGUGGUGUUUUUGUUAACUGGCUUCGCAAAAGCAACAGAUUGAAUUGUAUUUGAUUGUCUAACAAAAACUUUAAAAUAUUAUAUUUUUCAAGUACUGGCAUUCAAACCCUCAAUAUUUCCUAAGAGGCUACCUACACAUUAACAAUUUACUGAAAUUUAUCAACUGACAUGAUUAAAAAAUAAUGCAUAUUAAUUAUUCAUACUGUAACUGCGCUUAAUUUUAAAAGUAAUAAUUAAUAAGUAACUACCCAAUUGUAACUUUCAUAAUAUAUUGUUGUUUUACGAAAUAUAAUUUUCAUUGAAAAAUUUAAUAACUGUGUAAUUGAAUUUGCAAAUGAAUUAAAAUCUGAAAACAUCAGCGCCAUCUAUUCAAAAUGUAUAAGUAUCAAGACAAUUAUUGUUAAGUUGGUUUAUGUACGAACAAUUAGUUUUAUACUGUUGGUCAUUUGAGUUAGCUUAUUAUUAUUAUUAUUCUUUCCGAAAUUUCAACGGGAAUGUAGAAAAGAAUAUACCAGGACCUUUAAUAUUAUUUCUUUGCAAUAAUAAUAAAUAAUAAGUUCAUAAUUAAUAAAAAAUCAUAUUACAUUAUAAAUAAUAUAUAAAUAUCUUAUAGAAAUGUUACGAAUAUCUAAAUUAAAAUCUAAGGUUGAAUCUUUCCUUUUUUUCUAUAUUUCCGUCAAAACUGUAGUGUUAAUAUUGUACAGUAAGUAAGGUCAUUUAUAUACACACCGGAUUGCUGAGGUUCUUAGUCUUAGUGCACACCGCGACGUGUAAGUACGUGUAUGAGGGACGCCGGCCGCGUCUACUAGUGUUAGUUUUACAAGUGUCUGACUGUGAUUAUUUUUGCUAACAUUGACAUUUUUUGUAAUGACAAUUAUUAUAAUAAUACUGUACCAAAUAAAAUGUGGUUUUCUUUUA